AUGGAGCCAUCAACAGCGAAUCCUGCAGCAUCAAAUUUAGCAACACUUUUAUUAGUCAAACGAAAACUAGCCAAAGAAAAUGCUGAUAAAAUCGGCGAAGGACAAGUUUCACCAAUACUUCCAGCUAUUACUGGUGCUCAUUCGAAUGAAAAGUUACCUUAUCGUCCAAAUAUGUCGGUAAUAAAUUCAACAUCAACAACAGCAACAACAACACCUACAAAUAUGAAAGAAUCACCAAAACCUUCUGGUCGAAAAAACAAACAACUUGAAGUAGAAUUACUUGAUAAAAAAAUUGAAGAAAUUAAUCGUAAACAAGAAGUAAUAACAAAUGAAACAUUAGUCACAUGGAAAGGUUUUGAUUCUCUUAAUUAUCGAUUUACUGCGGAACCUGAAAUACAAAAAUCAUCUCCUAUUCCACCUAUAUCAACAAAACAACGUACACCUACACCAUCAUCAAAAAUACAACCAUCACGUGUCAAAACUCCGGAGAAACUCAUCAUUGAAACACAAAAACAAGAAUCACCAGUCAAUCAGCAACCGAUUGAGACAUAUCCAUCGGCAACAUCGAAACAAUCAACACCUCAACGUAUCAACUCUUCAGUCAAAGAUCGAGCCAGUUCUACACUACCAUCAAAGAUGAAAGAACCUCAAAAAGAACGAAUAGAUAAACAAUCAACACCUCAACGUGUCAACUCUCCAGUCAAAGAUCGUCCCAGUUCUACACUACCAUCGAAGAUGGAAGAACCUCAAAAAGAACGAAUAGAUAAACAAUCAUCUCCUUCUCCACGAUAUUCGAAAGUUCAUUCUGCAUCUUCAUUAGACAAGUUCGAACCAUUGCCUCUACCAAUAUCCAAUAAUCGUACUUUCAAACUCUUUCCCGAUAUCAAACAUAAUGAAACAAAAAGAACUAGAAAUGCUCAUAAAAGUAUCCAACGAAGUAUGGAUCGUUAUCGUUUUCAUGUAUGGUAA